AUGGGCGCGAAGAGGAAAGCUGCCAGCAAAGACUCGGGCCCGCAGAAGAAAGCGAGGCAGGAAGACACCGUCGCUAAGAAGGAGGACAAGAAGAAAAACGAUGGACUGCUCUUCCAGCCCUGCCCGGACUGGCACGCCGCCGAACUGCCUGCACUCCCGACGAAGGACGUGACGAGUCUGCCGCCGCAACGAUCGAUCGAAGAAUUGCAACAGUACGCGGAAUCAUUACUGGAAUCGGAGAACAAGGCAUACAAUGACGUUCACCUCACCAAAUCGUCAGAGCACAAGUUCCGCUCCACUGUCAUGGCGUCUGGUACGUUGGAGGACAAGGUGUCUGCUCUGACACUGUUGGUACAAGAGUCGCCGCUACACACCACGAAAGCUUUUGAGCAUCUGCUGGGACUGGGGAAAAAGAAGAGCAGGAAUCAGGCUCUAAUGGCCGUCGCUGCGUUGAAGGACUUGCUCGGCCAAGGUGUUGUUCUGCCGGGAGACCGCAAAUUGCGUGCAUUUUCCAAGCAGCCCGGUGUUCUCGGUGCGUUGCAGGGCAAGUCCGCCAGGUGGUCGCAGGGCGAUGCUUUGCCCGCGGGCUUGGAAAAGGUUCACCUUGUGGUGUGGGCGUUUGAGGACUGGUUGAAGAAGAAGUAUUUUGAGAUGCUACAGAUACUGGAGACUUGGUGCAACGACGAGAUCGCCUACUCUCGGAGUCGAGCCAUCACGUACGUGUUUGAGCUACUCAAAGACAAACCUGAGCAAGAAGAGAACCUGCUGCGAUUGUUGGUGAACAAGCUGGGAGACACGGAUCGAAAGAUUGCUUCGCGAGCCUCAUAUCUGCUUCUCCAGCUGGAAACAUCGCAUCCCGCCAUGAAACUGAUUAUUACCAAUACUGUCGAAGCCGACUGCUUGUUCAAACCGGGCCAAAGCGACCAUGCUAAGUACUACGCUAUCAUUACCCUGAAUCAGACAAUUCUUGGCCAAAAAGAUCAAGAACUUGCAAAUAGGCUGUUGGAAAUCUACUUCAGUCUCUUUGUCCAGCUUCUCAAACCAAAGGAGACUACAGAAAACUCGAGCAAAGCCAAAGUAGACGGGAAACCUCAAGGAGGCGGCGGAAAAGCGGGCAAGAUGGCGGCGAAGAAGAGGAAGGCUGAGGAACGAAACGAGGAGACUGCCCUCCAGCUUCACGACAAAAUGAUCUCCCAAGUGCUGGCUGGUGUUAAUCGAGCGUUUCCGUACGCAGACGCCAACGAUGCAACCUUCGAAAAGCAGCUCGAUACUGUCUUUCGUGUGGCACAUUCUGCCAACUUCAACACUAGCGUUCAGGCGUUGAUGCUACUUCAACAGAUCUCAUCCCGCAAGCACUUUGGUGCGGAGAGAUUCUAUCGGACUUUAUACCAGUCCCUCCUGGAUCCACGCCUCUUCACCUCAAGUAAACAGGUCUUGUAUCUCAACCUGCUGUACAAGAGCUUAAAGGAAGAUCUGAACGCCAAACGCGUUCAGGCCUUUGUGAAGAGAUUGCUGCAAACCAUUACCAUGCACGAGCCGCCAUUUGCCUGUGGUGUGCUCUACCUGAUCAGCGAACUGGAGAGGACAUUCCCCAGUAUCCGCAACAUGCUAACCACGCCGGAGGCGAAUGACGAUGAUGAGGAAGAGCACUUUGUUGACGUUCCGGAGGACGGCGAAGCAGCGACUGAUAACGCAGGGCGAUCGUUGGAAGUGAAGUCUCUGUACGAUCCCCGAAAACGCGAUCCCGAGCACGCUGGAGCCGAGAAAACGUGUCUGUGGGACAUCAUACCCAUCAUGAGACAUUACCAUCCAUCGGUGGCGCUAUUUGCUGAAGCGGUGUUCGGUACCAAGGACAUGCCUCCAAAACCUGACACGACUCAACAUACUCUCAUGCACUUUCUCGAUCGCUUCGUCUAUCGAAACCCCAGCACGAAGCAAGCCAAGACGCAUGGAAGCUCCAUCAUGCAACCGCUGGCAGGCAGUAAUGCGGCCAACCUACUUGUCAAGCCCGGCGAGGGUGGUGCGAAGAGCGCGCCACUCAACACGGAGCAAUUCUGGGCCAAGAAGCUCGACAACGUUGCUCCCGACGAAGUCUUCUUCCAUAGCUACUUCAAUGCUGCGGGCAACAGCAAGAAGCGGAGGGAAUCCGAGCAAAAGAAGAAGGCCAAGGGAGCAGAGGAAGACAGCGAAGAUGAGGCCGAGGAGGAGAUCUGGCAGGCUAUUGCCAACUCACGGCCUGAGGUGGAAGGCCCUGACGAGGACGAGGAUGAUCUCAGCAUGGGAGAUCUCGAGAGUGCCUACGAUCGAAGUGACGAUGAGGAGUCAGAGGCAGGCAUUGAUCUGGGUGGCGGCGCCGAGGACGACGACGAAGACGCGUUUGCCGACUUUGACGGACUUGACGGGGAGGAUCAGGAGGAGGAGGACGAGUUCGACCUCCCCGAGCUCGAGAGCGACGAAGACGCGAUGCUGGAUGACGACGACGAUAUUCCCGUCGCGCUGGCGGGCGAAGAGGAGGAGGAUUCCGAGGGACAAACGAUGUCGAAGAGCAAGAAGAACCGCAAGGAAAAGAGGAAGCUCAAGGCUCUGCCGACUUUCGCUUCGGCGGACGACUAUGCGAAGCUGCUGGAUGCCGAGCCGGAUGACAUGUAA